AUCGUUUACUCCUAAAAAUUGUAAAAUGAAUGAUGAUUGAUGAAUGUGGUUCCACGCGAAAAUCGUGGCUCGCAUGUUUCUGUCUGCACAUCAACCAAAGCCUCUAUUGUUCAAACUAGCACUCCUGCCUCACUUGCAUUCCUUUACUUCCCGCUGUUACUUCCUCUCCCAAGCCUCUUUACCAUGCCGUUCCAUUUCUUCAUAUCGAGACCCUCUUGUUACUUUCUUACUCGAUGCUCUGAAAUGUUCAUCCUCUGUCUCUUGCUGCAGGGUCAUCCAUGCCCGUGUAAUCAAAUCGCUGGAUUUCAGAGAUGGGUUUAUCGGUGAUCAACUGGUAUCAAGUUACCUCAACAUGGGCUUGAUCCAUGACGCAGAGAAGCUGUUCGACGAAAUGGCCAACAAGGAUUUUGUGUCGUGGAACUCCUUAGUUUCUGGGUUUUCGAAAAUGGGCCACCUUGGCAGGUGCAUCAGUUUGUUUUCUAUGAUAAAAUCUGAGUAUGGAUUGGAAUUGAAUGAGCUUACACUACUAUCUGUUAUCUCGGUUUGUGCUUCUGCUCAGGCUAGGGAUGAAGGUCAGUAUCUUCAUUGUUGUGCAUUGAAGUUGGGUAUGCUUACUGAGGUGAAGGUUGCUAAUUCUCUUAUUAAUAUGUAUGGAAAGUUUGGUUGCGUUGUCUGUGCUUUCAGGCUGUUUCAGGCUAUGUCAGAGCCAAAUAUGAUAUCGUGGAAUUCGGUGGUUGCUUCCUGCACCCAAAAUGGAAUCCCCAUUGAAGCUAUUAACUAUUUUAAUAUGAUGAGGAUGAAUGGAUUUUUUCCUGAUGAGGCCACAAUGGUGAGUUUGCUUCAAGCCUGUGAAAUUUUGCCUUUAGGAAUGUUGAUAGAGGCCUUACACAGUGUAAUCUUCACCUGCGGGCUUGAUUCAAAUGUGACAAUUGUUACCACACUUUUGAACUUGUAUUCAAAGUUAGGGAGAUUGGACGCUUCUAAAAAGGUCUAUGCUGAGAUAUCUAAACCUGAUAAAGUGGCAUGGUCUGCAAUGAUUGCAGGCUAUGCCAUCCAUGGGUGUGGGAAAGAGGCAAUAGAGUUCUUUGAAAGGACUGUAAUGGCAGGUAUGAAGCCUGAUCAUGUUACUUUUACUCAUUUGUUAAGUGCUUGUAGCCAUUCAGGGCUUGUCAAGGAAGGAAAAUACUAUUUCCGAAUUAUGUCUGAUGUUUAUGGGGUUCAACCCCGAUUGGAUCACUAUUCAUGUAUGGUUGAUCUUCUUGGGCGCUGUGGUCUUCUUAGUGAUGCUCGUAACCUGAUUAUGCACAUGCCAUUACAACCAAAUUCUGCAGUCUGGGGUGCCCUUCUCAGUGCUUGUCGUGUUUAUGGUAACAUUGAUCUUGGGAAGGAAGCUGCAGAGAAUUUGAUUGCCUUAGAUCCGUAUGACCCUAGAAACUAUAUUAUGCUUUCCAACAUAUAUUCUGCUUCAGGCCUAUGGAGUGAAGCGUCAAAACUGAGGACCUUGAUGAAGAGAAAUGUUCUAACUAAAAACCCUGGAUGCAGCUUUAUCGAGCAUGGGAGUAAAAUCCACCGGUUUAUGGUGGAUGACUAUUCUCACCCUGAUUCAGACAAAAUACAUAAGAAGCUUGAAGAACUUAUAAGAAAAAUUCAGGAGGUUGGCUUUGUGUCUGAAACUGAAUCCAUUCUCCAUGAUGUUGAUGAGGAGGUCAAAAUAAAUAUGGUCAACAAGCACAGUGAGAAGAUAGCUCUUGCAUAUGGACUUUUGGUUACUAACGCUGAUAAGCCACUAGUUAUAAUAAAGAACCUUAGAAUUUGCCGUGAUUGUCAUACCACCGUGAAAUUUGUCUCUCAGAUUGAGAAGCGUGUUAUCAUUAUUCGAGAUUCAAAGCGAUUUCAUCACUUUUCAGAUGGAUUAUGUUCUUGUGGUGAUUACUGGUAGCGGUCUCCGGAAUUUGCUGUGAUUGUCACACCUCUGAGAAAUUUGUCUCGCAGGUUGAUAAGUGUGUUAUCAUUAUUUGAGAUUCAAAGAGGUUUCACCACUUUUCAGAUGGAUUAUGUUCUGAGGUGAUUACUGGUAGUGGUCUCUGUUGAAUCUGGCAUCAUUCAAAUUAUUCUUGGUCGCUAAAGCCCAUGUGUUCCAAGUUGAAUGAAGGAAGACCUCUUAGCUGCUCAGUCUCGUGGAACUGAUUUGCUGCAACAUGGAGAACAAUAACUUCAUCAAUAAUCAAUCCACAAACACAAAGGUCAUAUACAGUCAUGAGUCAUCUUCUGAUUAGAAUUCUGCAGGGAAAACAAUUUCUGAGAUUAUUGCACUAUCAACUUCACUCAAGGAACCUCUACUCAUUCUUUGCUGAGCUCCUAGUUCUAAGAGGUAUGGCGUGCUUUCAUCUUUCCUCUCCUUUUGGGUUUCUACUUUCUAAUUUCCCGAUGUUGGAAAUUGAGUAGAUUUUAAUGAUAUAUUCAUGUACAUAGGUAGUUGUAGUCUAUACAUAUAUUUGAAAAUAGCAAUCAAAUUGGUCCUCUAGUUUUCCCUCGAUGAUCAAAUUGGUCCAUCUUCUUAAACAUAUCAAGUUAGUCCCCUGUCAACAGACUGGUCAAUGACUUAAUGGAAAGCUGACGUGGAACGUUAACUGCCAUGUCACUUCAGCUUGACUGGUCAAUUGAAGAAAGGUUUAACUUGAUUGGCAGUUUAAAACUGGGGACUAUGUGAUCAGUUUAAACAUGGAGGGACUAAUUUUGAUUAUUAUGUCCUAUUUGAAUUUUUUUGCUGUAAUUAUUCUAUGGUUGUGACCAGUUCAAUUUGUCCAGUUUUUACCAGAAAAUCAGUUCUUAAUUUUUUAAAUAUAUUUUAUACAAAAUUACGGUUUAGAGAAAAUGACAAAUUGAUCUUUGACCUUUUUUUGUGAAGACACAUAAAUCUCUACCAAAAUUAAAUAUUUAUAGGUUCUUGAACAUUGGAACAAAUGAGACACAUAAAUCCUUAUGUUCACUAACAAAAAGACCUAUGUGUCUUUACAAAAAGGCUUAUUUAUCUCCUUUUUCAAUAGUCAAAGACUAAUUUUGUUAGGGAUUUAUGUGUUCUUGCAAGAAAUGAUUCAGGAUCUAAUUGUCAUUUUCUUAUUAUUUUAUUAUAUCCAAUUUAACUUUGUUGAACUUCGGUUGAACAUCUAAAUCUCUGAAUCUUGCUUCAAUCUUGGUAUCUGUAUUAUCUUCUAGAAGCUUUGUUCUUUACCCCAAUAUCGAUGUUCUAGCUUUGUCUAGUCAAUCCUACCCUUAUGGUUCAUCUUUUCCUGGUCGAGACUAGCAUUGUAGGGCUGUUAAUCAUCCUUCACCCAUCUAAAAUUUUUUUUCAUUCAACCUUGCUACCAAUAAAGAGUGGCCACUUUUACUAUUUCAAAAGGUAUCAUCAACCAGUCAUGGAGUAACAGGACCUUUGAUAUAUGUGGUUGCAUAUCUUCAACCCGUCUUCCAACCACUGCACCAUCAUCAACCCUCU